AUGGCCGACUCGCAGCCCCCCAGCUCCAAUCCACCUCAGCGAACUCUUCUCAACUUGGGUUCUCUGCCACCCAAGCAAGCCGGGUUUGGUCAAGGCCAAUUUCCUCGCACCCCCUCCCGUGUCGAUCCCAAUAAUCCACCCUGGCCUGCAUACAGAGGUUAUCAUGAGUACUCCUUUGCCCAUGCCACCAUGGGGCAACGUUUGCCCACCAUCUUGGGUAAAGCGAUUGAUGAUACCGUCCAGACUCUCAACCAACAGACUGAAGAGGAUCGUAUCGUUGACCUGGUGAGUUGUAUCGAGCGUAUGGAGAACCUCAUGGAUGAUCUUCAUCAAAACGCUAAGUUGCGCCCGAUCGUCGACGAUGGAGAAGGUGAUAUCUCUUUGUGGAACAAGGAGAUUGCUAGAUACUUUCGUGGGAAAGAUUUCAUGAACGCGCCCUGGUUGUUUGCCGAGGCUUACAAGUACCGCAGGUUACACGAGUGCUUUAGCAUGUCCAAGUACUGGGGUUCCUAUGAUGUAUUUUUUCGUCAAAAGUCCGACACUUUCUCAAGAUCGGGCGAUGCGGUAUUCGAACUCUCUACCCGGUUUGCUGACCCCCCUAAAAUGAUCCAGGAGGAAGGUCAAGCCAAACAGGAGCAACUCAAGCUAUUGUUUAUGGAGUUGACUCAAGUUUGUCUCUGGGGAAACGCGACCGAUCUUUCCCUCUUGAUCAAUAUGACCGAAGAAGAUAUCAAAAAGUUACAAUCUACCGGAGGAGCUCAUCUAGCCGACAGUGAAAAAAAUAUCUUGGGAAACGAUCUCUUAAAAUUAUGGGAACAUUUUUCCCAUCUCAAGGGCGGAAGAAUAGAUUUCGUUCUGGACAAUGCAGGGUUCGAGUUGUACUGUGAUUGCGUUUAUGCCGACUUCCUCUUACAGUCUGGCUUAGUGAACCAAGUAAGGUUUCAUGGGAAGCGAUUUGCUUGGUUUGUUUCCGACGUGACUCGAAAAGACUGGAGCUGGCUCUUGAACUCUAUGGUUUAUGGGCAUUUAUUUGCCGACAGGACUGAAGACGAGCUGGCCAGUCUCAAGAGACUGGGCGAAAGAUGGAAGCAAUACGAAAAAGAAGGAAAGUGGAUAUACGAGCAACACCCCUUUUGGUGCACGGGGUACACUUUUUGGGAUCUGAAAAACGAGGCUCCUGACCUUUUUCUACACCUCUCCGAAUCGGAUUUGGUCAUUUUCAAGGGGGACUUGAACCAUCGAAAGUUGACUUACGACUGCCACGCCCCGGUGGCCACUCCGUUCGACGUAGCCAUUGGGCCCUUGGCUUCCGAGGCCGGUGCUCCGCCGGUGGCAAGCCUUAGAACAAUCAAGUCUGACGUGGUGGUGGGCAUUACUGAAGCUGAUGCUGCCCGCUUGGACAAGGAAGAGCCAGGGUGGAAGAUCAGUGGCAAAUAUGCUGUUGUGUUAUUAUCCAAAGGCCAGCCUGGCCAGCCCGUCCAAUUCAGCUGA